ACAAUCUCCUACCUUAACGCCUUCAUCUAUGCACACACACACGCACACACAUGUGGAUCGAUCUCACCAUAUCUUAUCGAUUCAAAAGUGCUUUGCUUUCUCAUUCGAAAUCGCUUUUUUUUUUUUUUGUAUCAGAAUCUAUCCCGUGAUCUUGUUCGGUUAUAUAUAUAAGUAGAAAGAUACUUAGAAUAAUAUUCGAUCAUUGAUUUGGAAGAUGGAUAAGUAUGAGGUUGUGAAGGAUCUGGGAACUGGGAACUUCGGUGUGGCUCGCCUUCUAAGGCAUAAGGACACCAAAGAGCUUGUCGCCAUGAAGUACAUCGAGAGAGGCCGAAAGAUAGAUGAAAACGUGGCUAGAGAGAUUAUCAAUCACAGAUCACUUAAGCAUCCUAAUAUCAUCCGCUUCAAGGAGGUGAUUCUGACACCUACUCAUCUUGCCAUUGUGAUGGAGUAUGCUUCUGGAGGAGAGCUCUUUGAGAGAAUCUGCACUGCCGGUAGAUUCAGUGAAGCUGAGGCUAGGUACUUCUUUCAACAACUGAUCUGUGGGGUCGACUACUGCCACUCCUUGCAAAUAUGCCACAGAGAUCUGAAGCUUGAGAACACACUGCUUGAUGGUAGCCCUGCUCCGCUUUUGAAAAUCUGUGAUUUUGGUUACUCCAAGUCAUCUAUACUACAUUCGAGGCCUAAAUCGACUGUUGGAACUCCAGCAUACAUAGCACCUGAAGUUCUUUCCCGUAGAGAAUAUGAUGGCAAGCACGCGGAUGUGUGGUCAUGUGGUGUAACCCUUUAUGUGAUGCUGGUUGGAGCUUACCCAUUUGAGGACCCUAAUGAUCCAAAGAACUUCAGGAAAACAAUCCAACGUAUAAUGGCUAUACAAUACAAGAUUCCGGACUACGUUCACAUAUCUCAGGAAUGCAAACACCUUCUCUCUCGCAUAUUCGUCACUAACCCCGCCAAGAGAAUCACGCUUAAGGAGAUCAAGAAUCAUCCGUGGUACUUGAAGAAUCUGCCAAAGGAGCUGCUGGAGUCGGCUCAAGCGGUGUAUUACAAGAGAGACAACACCAGCUAUUCUCUUCAAAGCGUGGAGGACAUAAUGAAGAUAGUUGGUGAAGCUAGGAACCCAGCUUCUUCGUCAAGCCUCAGCAAAAGCUUGGGAUCAGGUGCCGGGGAAGAAGAGGAAGAAGAGGACGUUGAAGCUGAAGUGGAAGAAGAAGUGGAGGAAGAGGAAGAAGAAGAUGAAUACGAGAAGCAUGUCAAAGAGGCACAUUCUUCUAUUCAAGAGCCUCACGAAGCGUUAAAGGAAAAAAAAUGAUCACCUACAUCAUCAACGUUGAUCUUACAAAGCCAAAGGGUGUAAACUACUUCGUACAUGCUAUUUCAGUUUUUAGAUUUGAUUUCUGAAAACAUUUCUCGUUUUAGUCAACUGUCUCUAGUGGUUCUCAAUAAAUGAACAUUGAUACUCGAGCAAUGCUGUCAGUUCUUCAGAGAGUGUUUAUGAAACAUAAGGGUCAAUUGUAUUGAAUAAUAAAAGUUAUGUCUUUGUUUGCAAAUAGCAAUUUUUCAAGGGUAA